GAUCCUGUCUAUGCCUACGACAGAGCCUACGACCUGGGCCCUACACGUGUUUGAUUCUCUGUACUACAUUCUGCCCGAAAAUAAACGAAAACGGUUAAUUGUUUAUUUAUCUAUUUUUAAUUGAAUUUAAGGUGGAAUAUAAUGCCUUCGGACCAAAUACAAUAUUCUGAGAAAUAUAAUGAUGAUAAAUACGAGUACAGGCACGUCAUAUUACCAGCAGACCUAGCUCGACACGUACCCAAAUCCCAUCUCAUGACUGAAACGGAAUGGCGUAACUUGGGCGUACAGCAAAGUCCUGGGUGGGUCCAUUACAUGAUGCAUACCCCAGAACCACAUGUGUUGCUAUUUCGGAGGCCCCGAGCAGAUUUGCCCCUGAUCAUUCGAUGUACAGCUUCUCAAGCACAGAAGAUCAAUGUUUAAUUAAAUGUUUACUUUGUAACUGAGUCGUUUGUUUUGAGGUAGGCACAAUCUGUGAUAGUAUGUUUUCUCUGGUAUUGGGCUAUUGAACUGUUGAAAACGUAUAAGUGUAUACGACAUGCGAGUCUGAACUUAGCUUUAUGAGUCAUCCUACCUGUUAUUCAUUAAUUAACUGUACUGCAUACUUAAUGGAGCUAUUCCUGUGAAACUUCUCACAGCAAAUUUGCAAAUUUCAUUUUCCGUUAAUUUAAAUAUUAUUAGAUAAUUCAAAGAAUUGAGCUUCUCUCAACUUGAAGAAAACAUGGAAGAUUCUUUUGCUUUGCCCAAUCCAAGAGAAAUUGUCAAUCUGCAGCAGAUAUUUCACUAGGCUCCUUCAAGUAUGCAAAAUAAGUACCCAAUACUUGUAUUUUUUCAGGUAUUUCUAAAAGAUAAUAUUAAAAUAUGUUACCGUUAUUUGAUC